AUAGAACUUGACACUGGUCCCUCGUAGUGAUAGGCAGAUCGGAGGCUCGCCACCUGGCUAUGAGAGUUUCGGAGUUGCGAGGCGUCUCCAGGUGUUAGUCUGAUCCCACAGCUGUUCAUUAAUCUUCGCUUUCCUUCUCCCUCUCCACGCAGAGACUUUACUGAGACCAUCAUGCGUGACUCUCCGCGGUGAGAAACGGGACGCCCGCUCAUUGUGAGACGGCAGCGGAUGGAUGGAUGUGUCCGUUCUAGGGCGCACUGGAAUAAUACAGUGAACUGACGGAGGAUCAGUGUUCCGCUCGGCUAUUUUUCUGGAGUUCAUCCCCUUUUUUCGCCAGCUCUGGAUUGUUACAUUUAGUGGUGGGAACGUGCAACAUUUUUCCUCCGGUUUUGAUCACCUGCUAUGUGUGUGGAGUGGAAAAUACCUGGUGGAAGGUGUACAGCGGGAUCCAGCCUGGGAGGACAGGACAUCUGCAACUGAUAAAGCUCGGUUUCUCGCUUAUUUUCCUUUUUAAUCUGUGCGUAAUGUGCGUGGAAUGAAGACAGAGAAUGGAUAUAAUUUGGGAAAUAUUGAUCAUUCUUCAGGCCAAUCUUAUUGUCUGCAUAUCAGCACAGCCGAAUCCACCCAAAAUUCACGAAGGAUGGUGGGCGUACAAGGAGGUGGUGCAGGGGAGCUUUGUUCCAGUGCCGUCAUUCUGGGGGCUGGUGAACUCGGCCUGGAACCUGUGCUCGGUUGGGAAGAGGCAGUCGCCUGUCAACAUCGAGACCAGCCACAUGAUCUUUGACCCAUUCCUCACGCCGAUAAAGCUGAACACAGGUGGACGCAAGGUGGGAGGGACCAUGUACAACACGGGCCGCCACGUCUCUCUGCGACUGGACAAGGAGCACCUGGUGAACAUCUCCGGGGGGCCGAUGACAUACAGCCAUCGCCUGGAGGAGAUCAGGCUACACUUCGGCAGUGAGGACGGGCAAGGCUCUGAACACCUGCUGAACGGACAGGCCUUCUCUGGAGAGGUUCAACUGAUCCACUACAAUCAUGAGCUGUACACAAACUACACGGAAGCUGCUAAAAGCCCCAAUGGACUCGUCAUAGUAUCUAUAUUCAUGAAGAUUGCUGAGACGUCAAACUCAUUCCUGAAUCGAAUGCUGAACAGAGACACCAUCACGAGAAUAACGUAUAAAAAUGAUGCAUACCUUCUGACCGGUCUGAACAUAGAAGAGAUUUACCCGGAUACGAGUAGUUUUAUCACAUACGAUGGAUCGAUGACCAUCCCGCCAUGCUUUGAGACAGCCACAUGGCUCCUGAUGAACAAGCCAGUGUACCUCACACGCAUGCAGAUGCACUCUUUGCGGCUGCUGAGUCAGAACCAGCCAUCUCAGAUCUUCCUGAGCAUGAGCGACAAUGUUCGUCCCGUCCAGCCGCUGAACAAUCGCUGCAUCCGCACCAACAUCAACUUCAGCAUGCAGGGCAAAGACUGCCCCAACAACAGGGCUCAGAAGCUUCAAUACCGAGUGUUAACACAAAAAGACCAGAGGGGAGAGUACAACAAAUAAUCUUUUUACCAUCUGACAAGUGAACGAGUGGUUGCUAAAGUAGCCUCCCUUGGUUGAGCAUGGAGAUGAAUGUCAGAGAGAAGGAGCGAGACGAGGCGACGAUGGAUGGAGGAGGUGGAGGAGGAGGAGGAGGAGAAGAGGGAGGGGAUGAUGGGAAACUGGUCUGCAUCUCAUCUCAGAAAUCUUCAUGGCAUUGUAUAAAGACAAACACGGACAUUAUAUGAAUUAAGGAACUUUGUACUGCGAGCAAAGAGACUCUUCUUUUCAUACAUUGAGAACAGUUUGAUCCCUCGGUCUAACACAUGCUAACAAGCCCUUUCCCCCACUGUACAACUAUAUCUAUAUGGACAUUUUGAUACUUUUUUUGGGAGAAAACCAAAAACAGGACCCUUGGAAGCUUAAAAAAAACAACAUGGAAGCAUUUAUUUGAUAGCCUCCCAACCACUAGGACAACGUUGGGACUUGACAGCCUUUGUACAUAAAAUUGUUGCUAUCAGUGGGAAAAUCCAAGGAGUAAGUCACUGCCCCCAUCCCGCCGGUGAAGACGACACUCACACGGACGUUUCAUUAUCGUCACCAACAAGGCAUGCAAUCAGAAAACCCAACCGAGAGGGAGCACAGCCUUACCUUUUCAUCUCUAAACCAGAGUCAUGUCAUGGGAGACGAGCAAAUAUUUACAGGCUUUCUUACGGCCUCAGAGCAACCAGUGUCUUGGCCUCGUUUGUACAUAUUAUAAUUAUCAAUACUGCAGAAAAAUGAAUAUGUAAAGAAAAGUAAUGAAUUAACAGUCAAAAGAUAUAUAAAGAGGAUUUUAAAAAAAAGAGAAAAAGUUGAGAAUUUUAAAAAGCUUGGCGCACUUUGAACUCUGCAGCAGUCUGAGCUGAUGCCUUUUUUUCUGUUUUCUUGUUUACAAUGGUCAUACACUGUGUUUGAGUAAUGUUAUCAGCCCAAUAAAUGUGUCUGGAAAGUUCA